GCUCGCCGGAGGUGCUUGAUUGGUCGAGAUGUUGAGUUGGUUGGACGGUUGGUUGGAACGUGGGCAAGACUGGCCCGGGAGGGUCACACCACACACACAGCACCGCCCCGCAUCAUGCAUGAACGCCAGCUCCUUGCGCGUCCACGUCAUCAUUAGCCUUCGCAAUGACCACCUCCUCCUGUGCUCCACGCGCCAUCCUCUUCUCGCGGUCGGCGCAGACCCACGCCUUCCUCCACCUUCCUUGCAGUUGCACAUGCACUUCCCCUGAAUCUCUCUCUCUCUCUCUCUCUCUCUCUCUCUCUCUCUCUCUCUCUCUCUCUCUCUCUCUCUCUCUCUCGGCAAGUCGGCAUCUUUAUAUAGUGACACAUCCCUCAUCAGCAGAAGAGUAUCGACAAGGCAACACAAGAUCUCGACCAAUCAAGCAACAGUUAAUUGCCAAGAACACAGGCACCUAGCUAGCUGAUCGAUCAAGCUCAUCGAUGGAGACACAAAAGGACGCGUCGUCAUCCCUUGAGAGGAGCCUCUCCACCGUCACCUACUGCUGCGGCGCGUGCGGGUACGACCUCAGGCUGCGCUCCUCGGACCGCAACACGGCGGGCAUCGUGGUUGGCGGCUACGGCCGCGCGGUGCGCCGCGGCGUGGUGGCGUUCGACGCCAUCGACGACGCGCGGUUCGGCCACGCCGACGAGUUCCGGUGCGUCGACGUCCGCGCACGCAGGCUCUUCGUGCGCCGCACCCGCCUGCUCUGCCGCAAGUGCGGCAAGAGCCUCGGCUUCGGUUACGACGACCGGGGCGACGGCAGCGGCAACAAGUCACCGCGCUACGACAUCAAGAUCCGCGCGCUCCAGCCACUCGCCCACGACGACGCCAACUCCUCGCCUGCGCCGCCUGAUGCCUGAUCGCCGCCUGUUCCGUGCCGUGCAGAUUUGCUCGUGUUUUUCUUUGCAAGUCGCUGUCGCUGGUGUUUUUGUCUGCAAGUCGCUCGCUUGCAACUCAAGAAAUGUACAAACCCAUGGUCUCGCUUUCUUCACCUUCUUUUCUUUCUAUAUUUUUUAUUUAAAAGAAAAAGGGAAUUCGUUGAUCUUGACUCCUUGUUUCAUAUGGAAACGCGUUGUUUUGGGUUGUUGAACCAGCCUGGCA